AUGUCGGACAAAAGUGACCUAAAAGCAGAGCUGGAGCGCAAGAAGCAGCGCCUCGCCCAGAUCAGGGAGGAAAAAAAGAGAAAAGAGGAGGAGAGGAAGAAGAAAGAGUCAGAGAGCCAGCAGAAGACUGAGGCAACCCCAGAGGAUUCAGACUUAGACCGUAAGCGCAGGGAGACUGAGGCCUUGCUACAGAGUAUUGGGAUUUCACCAGAGCCUCCACUAGUCCAUCCUCUGCAGCAUUUAAUGUUAGACUCAUGUUAUUUUCAUUAUUUAGUCCCGACCCCUGUGUCCCCCUCCAAAUCAGUGAGCACGCCCAGUGAGACGGGGAGCCAGGAUUCAGCUGAUGGGGGAGCAGCAGGCAGGACUCUGCAAUGGGACACAGACCCCUCUGUGCUGCAGCUGCAGGCUGAUUCUGAGCUCGGGCGGAGGAUGCAGAGGCUGGGGGCCUCCAAGAUCACACAGGUAGACUUCCUUCCCAAAGAGGUGGUCUCUUACUGCAAGGAGACACAAACGCCACUGACCGCCCACCUAUCUGAAGAGGAGGAGGAAGAAGAUGAGGAGUUGAUGGAGGCAAAGCCAGGCCCUGAAUCAGAGCAGCAGGACGAAGAUGACAACAAGGAAACCAAAGAAGUGCUGCGGGAGCUGACAGAAGAGGAGAGACAGCAGAUUCUUCACUCUUCUGAGUUUCAGAGUUUCUUUGACUGCAGCAUCCGAGUGAUGGAAAGAGCUCUGGCUGAAGACGGUGACAUCUUCUUCGACUACAGCGGGCGAGACCUGGAGGACAAAGAGGGAGACCUGGCAGGCGGCUCCAGUCUGUCCUGCAGUAGGCUCUUCUAUGAUGAACACUGGUCGAAACAUCGUGUUAUUACCUGUCUUGACUGGUCUCCUCAGUAUCCUGAGUUGCUUGUUGCCUCCUAUAACAACAACGAAGACGCUCCCCAUGAACCAGAUGGUGUCGCCCUGGUGUGGAACAUCAAGUUUAAGAAGAACACACCAGAGUACAUCUUUCACUGUCAGUCUCCAGUAGUGUCUGUGGGAUUCGCCAGGUUUCAUCCCAACCUGGUGGUGGGGGGAACUUACUCGGGGCAGAUCGUCCUGUGGGAUAACCGCAGUCACCGUCGGACCCCUGUCCAGAGGACUCCCCUGUCUGCUGCUGCACACACCCACCCUGUGUACUGUGUGAAUGUGGUCGGCACGCAGAAUGCCAACAACCUGAUCACGGUGUCUACAGACGGCAGGAUGUGCUCCUGGAGUCUGGACAUGCUCUCCCAGCCUCAGGAGACCAUGGAGCUGGUGUACAAUAAAUCCAAACCGGUGGCGGUGACAGGCAUGGCUUUCCCCACGGGAGACGUUAACAAUUAUGUGGUGGGGAGUGAGGAGGGCACUGUGUACACUGCAUCCAGACAUGGCAGUAAGGCAGGUAUCUGUGAGAUGUUCGAGGGCCACCAGGGGCCGGUGACAGGUAUCAGCUGUCACAACGCAGUGGGCACCGUUGACUUUUCUCACCUUUUCAUCACGUCGUCCUUUGACUGGACUGUCAAACUCUGGAGCACUAAGCACAACAAGCCUCUGUACUCUUUUGAGGACAACGCUGACUAUGUGUAUGACGUCAUGUGGUCGCCCGUGCACCCUGCGCUGUUUGCUGCCGUGGACGGCAUGGGCCGCCUGGACCUGUGGAACCUCAACAACGACACUGAGGUGCCAACUGCCAGCGUGACUAUCGAAGGUGCCUCAGCGCUCAACAGGGUCCGCUGGUCAUCAGGAGGGAAGGAGGUGGCUGUGGGUGACUCAGAGGGCCGAGUCUGGAUCUAUGAUACUGGAGAGCUGUCGGUGGCCCACAGUGACGACUGGGCGCGCUUCGCCCGUACCCUGAUGGAGAUUCGUGCUAACCGGGCAGACGGCGAGGAGGAGGGGCCUAUGGAGCUGGCUUCAUAG